AUUAACGAGUGUUAGUGUUAGUGUCAACAAGUCAGUGAACACAACAGGCUGAUACAUCCACUACUCUUGGUGCUCCAAUGCUAUAGAAACUCAAAUUCUAGCAAAGAUGUGUAAGUGAUGAAGAAAAUUUAUAGUUUUUAUCACAUAAAAUGACAACUGAAGAUAAAAUUUUGAGGUUGAGCUCUUCCCAGGAAGACAUAUUACAUUUAUGGAUUCAUGGUACUCUUGUACCUGGGGAAAGCCCUUCAUCUGCAAAGGUUGCUGUUAUAAAGUCAUCCAGAAUAAAUACGGAGAAAAAGGAGAGGUUGAAAGUUCGAGUUAUUAGUGAUAAUCAUAUUUCAGGAGGAUUGGUUAAAUCAAGCAUCAUUAUUUCGCACAAAAGGCAACUGUCACCAGAAGUUACACCUCUAAGAACAUCAUGUUCUUACAGCUUGAGAGCUUCAGCCGGUUGCAUAUAUACAGCUCCUGAGACGAUGAAUACUGAUGAUGUGACCUAUUGUAGGCAGUGUCAGAAGCAUUAUAUUGGUGUGUGUACUUGCCAUUUUGUGUUAAUUCUCAAUAAAAAAGUUUCCCGUGAUGGAAGUGUGAAGGACCGGGCUCGUUUAACAGCACCUUGGCCAAUUUAUGUUUCCAAAUCACAAAUAGAAGGUGGAGGUGAAGGUGUGUGGACUAGUGCCAGCCUGCCUCAAGGCCUUGUUUUUGGCCCCUAUGAAGGCCAUACUCAAGAAAAUAUUUCUAGGGAAUCAGAAUCUGGUUAUGCUUGGCAUUUAAAAUUAUCAGUAAAGCGCAAGUUUGUAGUGGACAGCAUAGAUAAAACCACCAGUAAUUGGUUGCGCUAUGUCAACUGUCCACGAACAUUCUCGGAAAUGAACCUUGAAGCUUUCCAGUACAAGGGCAACAUAUACUAUGUUACACUCUGUGAUGUUGAAAGUAAUUCAGAGCUGAUGGUCUGGUAUGGUGACGAGUACGGCAAGGAGCUGGGAAUAUUGUCUUUCCUCAAGAAUAGGAUAUCCAUGUGCAGAACUCAGAAACAAAUUAGUAAUGAGGAAAAAUUGACAAAGUCCAACAAGUCUCUCACUGGUCCAGGAAAAUCAGUCACUGGUAAAAUCUCCACACUUGAAUUGCCAAAUAAUUUUGACCAGAAUCGAAGCAGGAUUAAACUAAGCAAAUCCCAAUCGGAAGUUAGGUAUUUAUUUAAAGCAGCAAGGCUGGAGCCUAGGAAGAAUAAUGGUGUUAAGGUAAGGCCUGUUUUCUAUUUUGGAUUAAGAGGCACAGCAUUUUUGAAAUCACAGCAUUUCUUGCAAGUGCCUGAUUUAUGGGUUUCUCUCACUAUUUAUUAUUAAAAAAUGUACCAUU